UACGUGUUUCCGGAAGACGUGGCGAUCGCAAAAAAUUAUAACGGUGCGGCGUUUUGCCUUGAUUCCUGCUUAGACGGAAGCAAAGUUUACAGACGGCAAAAAUGAUCUCUUUAACGGACUCGCAGAAGAUUGGGAUGGGACUGACAGGCUUUGGCGUGUUCUUCCUUUUCUUUGGGAUGAUCCUGUUCUUCGAUAAAGCUCUGCUGGCUAUAGGGAAUAUCUUGUUUGUUGCAGGCCUGUCAUUUGUUAUUGGCCUGGAGCGCACCUUCAGAUUCUUCUUUCAGCGGCACAAAGUAAAAGCUACAGGGUUUUUUUUGGGAGGAGUGUUCGUGGUGUUGAUCGGAUGGCCAAUCAUUGGUGUGGUGUUGGAGGUUUAUGGCUUCUUCCUCCUUUUCAGGGGAUUCUUCCCAGUGGCAGUGGGCUUCAUUAGAAGAAUACCCAUUCUUGGGUCUCUGCUUAAUCUCCCUGGGAUCAGUGGGUUGGUGGACAAAGUCGGUGAAAGCAACGCCAUGGUAUAACAAAAGUGUCCAUUUAAAAUGUUUUUUCUAUGUGUUGUCACCACUUAUUUAAACCCCUCACUGCUAUUUGUAACUUUUGGCAAACCUGUGAUUGUCUGAAACAAGAAUUUUGGAUAAAAGAACGUUGGAUAAAAGGCAGUGCUUUUACAAGGCGCAGGGAUUCAUCUUAUAAAAGCAAUGUGACCAAUAGAGAGCUGUUAUUUCCUGGAACUGAUCCACAGCCCAAAUUGGGCUCGUCUACUUUCUCUGCUUUUUACCUCCAUUAGAGAGGUAACAUAGACUUUAAACCAAGAGAGGGCGUGUUUUAAUGGAGCACCUUUGGAACAACCAGAACCUGGUUAAAGUUUGCUAUUUCAUACCUAGCUUUCCUUAUGUCGCUGUUACAGAAUUGAAAGAUCACCAUGUACAGUAUGAAGGUGUUACUGGAAAUCUGCUUGUUCAGGUGCCAACUGCUUUUUUUAGAGUGUGCUGUAUUGAAGCUGAUGCAAGAACGGCAUGCUGGUUGAGCCACAAAUCUCAUCACGUUACUGGCUCAGUGAGGAAUCGGUAGCCUUUGUGAAACACACACAGUACUACAUGUAAAUACCUAUUUUAAAUAAUGUAUGAAAAUGAUGUACAUUUUUUUUACACAGAGACGACAACAAUUUAAUAAAUCUCUCAAUGUCUGUAAA